AUGGCUCCAGACAAUGCAACGAACGAGAACUCCCACCACCAUAGACAUCGCCACACAACCGUGUUUCGGCCACAGCUGCAGCCUCUGUGUGUCUCGUCAGGUUUUCGGCUGACCUCAACAAGCGGCAUCCAUAAGGAGCACCAGCAGCAGCAUGUCACGACAUGCGGCACAUAUUAUGGCGGCCCGUUUGACGAGCACAUCGACGCACUGGCAACAAGAACGGCCUGUCGGUGCAGCACGAACAGCCCCCACAUCUGCUGCCUCUCUCUGAGAGAGUAUGCGGCGUCCUGCGGCCGCCCGUCCCAGAGACGGUCUCAGCCCCGUUGCAGAACCCGGAUGUUGGUCUUGCAGUGCUCCAUGGAUCGGACCUCGGCGAGCAAGUCAACUCGGCACGAACCGAUGACGAGCUCGCGGGCCGAGACCGAGGCCGGAGCCAAUAUCGAUUGCGAUCACAUGUCCGACGCAGACAGCGUCCUAUGCCACGAUCCCGAAGACAACCACGCCGGCUCCGAUGUCGACGAGGCCGACGCCGACAACAUGAGUGAAGACGACGCUCCUGUCAUGGAAGGGAGCGCUGGCAUGACUGACAUUCCCCUCGGCGACCCCAUCGCAGACCUCGUCCUCCGUGAAUACGAUACGCUCGCCGAGUUCGAUGGAGAGGCCAAUAGCGACGACGGGUUCGAUGUGCCCAGCCCGAGCGAGAUCGAGCCGCAGGCGCCGGAGGAAGCCGAGAGCCGCCUCGUAUUUGGCAACCGAAUUGAUCAUAUGCUGGCAACCGCGGCGAACUUGCCGCGGUCCUAUUUGGAUCCCUCUAGCUUCCGCAGUCGCCGUUGGCUCCCGUGA